UUUAUUACAGUGAGUGUUUGACAGACAGUCACAUCCUGAAUUCAGGAUUUUAUCAAAGUGAACUUGAGCGCCUCUGACUAUGAAGAUCUCUGUUUAGGAGGAGUUUAUGACUCCUGUGGCUCUCCCAGGACCUUUACCAAAACGAUUUGCACAUCGGGAGUGUUGGCUGAGCAGUAACAACCACUGGGACCUGUCGAGACUUCUGCCGUGCAAAGUUCGCUUUCCUGGCCAAGUGAACACUUUCUGGGAAAUGAGCCAAACUAGCCGACAGUUAUCUUGUAGCAGAAUUUGUCCAGAGGGGGAGAAAAUAAAAACAGGCGGCUUUGUGAGCGCUCCCAGUAUGUCCCUAAAAACUGAAGAAAGUCGAGUUUAUUUCAUCAAAAACUCAACAGGACCUGGUGUUGGCAGACUGAAAGACUCCGACAAUGCAGACGCAAACAUUUACGGAUCCGGACACAUAAUUCCGCAAGUCUGUGCCAUGGAAAAACACUGCUGUGCUGUUCCCCAGGAGUUGGUAAACGCUGGGUGCCGUGUGGGCGAUAGCCCGUCUUUUUCUGCUUGCGCCACAAUCUCAGAAACAGCCAGGGAGCUCUGUAAAGCUGUGUCCGUGUCGCUGGGUCUGGCCAUGGAGUCGAACGACACGAGCGAUAUGGACGCUGCUCUCCCCCCGUGUGCUGCAAGUGACCACAGAGAUAAUGUAUUCGGAGUUGGAGCCAUGCCUAUCAACUAUGCUGGAGCCCAGGCUGCCGCCACCGAGUACAGGUGCCCCGACAGAGAUGACCGGCCCCUGCCCGGGCAGGAGCAACUGGUGAAAGUGUUCAAAAGUUCUGACACUGCUGCGCCUUUGCACCACUUCACGUCCACUCGGACAUCUGUGGAUGAGCAAAACUUCACACUGUGCGAGGCUGAUGACAUAACUUCAGCGCGUACUGCCUCUUGCCCUUACGUGCGGUCCGCGCCAGUCAGCUUGGCACACUUCGGCCAGACGGCGACACGGCCGUGUCGAGUCUUCAAACCCCCCGAUGAAGAGGCGAGAGACUCUGUGGAAGCCAUGGAGAACAAGUUCGUUGGUUAUCAGCCAGAACAAUACAACGUCAAAGUCAAAUCUGAGGACGGUGAACCUGCCGGGGCGUUGUGGACCAGUGAUUACACCUUUAAUGAGAAGUACAACUCUCAGUUUUGGGGUUCGAGGCACUGCAUGAACGCGCACAGCACAGGAGCCAACACUGCGUUCAUAUGUAAUCCAUAUGAGAGGAGCGUCAUGCGCUCUGAGCAGUGGUACCCAGGCAGGAUGCUGAGGCCGCCCUAUCCCAACUCCAGCUACCUGAAGACUGAAGUCGGAGAAUGGCUGGAUGUCACCUAUAACGACACUAGGCUUGAGGCUGGCAGAGAGCACCUGUUCCCCAUGGAGUUCUUCUUCCCACCACAGAGGAUGUGCCUGAUCUGUUCAGACGAGGCAUCCGGCUGCCAUUAUGGUGCACUCACCUGUGGCAGCUGCAAGGUUUUCUUCAAAAGAGCUGCGGAAGGCAAACAGAAAUACCUGUGUGCAAGCAAAAAUGACUGUACUAUUGAUAAGCUAAGAAGAAAGAAUUGUCCGUCUUGUCGGCUGAAAAAGUGCUUUGAAGCUGGAAUGACUCUCGGAGCACGUAAACUAAAGAAGAUUGGUCAACAGAAAAACCCUGAAGAGGAUCAUCCUGUGCAGGACGCUGCAGAGGUCAUCCAGAGUAUCUCUCCUAAAUCAGGCCUGAACUUGAACUCCCAGCUGGUCUUUCUCGACAUCCUGGAGGCCAUUGAGCCAGAGGUGGUGAAUGCGGGACAUGACUAUGGCCAACCAGACUCAGCGGCCACCCUGCUCACCAGCCUCAAUGAGCUAGGAGAAAGACAAUUGGUCAAAGUGGUCAAAUGGGCGAAAGGAUUGCCAGGUUUUAGAAACCUUCAUGUGGACGACCAAAUGACUGUCAUUCAACAUUCAUGGAUGGGGGUGAUGGUGUUUGCCCUGGGAUGGAGGUCAUAUAAGAACGUCAAUGGCAGGAUGCUUUACUUCGCCCCGGAUCUUGUGUUCAAUGAACAUCGGAUGCACAUUUCCACCAUGUAUGAGCACUGCAUACGGAUGAGACAUCUUUCACAGGAAUUUGUGCUGCUGCAGAUCACUCAGGAAGAGUUUCUCUGCAUGAAGGCCUUGCUCCUCUUUAGCAUUAUUCCAGUUGAGGGUCUGAAGAGUCAGAAGUACUUUGAUGAGUUGCGUCUCACCUACAUCAACGAACUUGAUCGACUCAUUAACUAUCGAAUGACGACCAAUUGUUCUCAGAGGUUCAACCAACUCACCCGACUCCUGGACUCGCUCCAGAUGAUGGUGAAGAAGCUCCAUCAGUUUACAUUUGACCUUUUUGUUCAGGCUCAGUCGCUUCCCACAAAGGUCAGCUUUCCGGAGAUGAUUGGGGAAAUAAUCUCAGUACAUGUACCAAAGAUCCUGGCAGGGCAUUGCUUUUGCUUGACUGAGCCAAUGCAGCACAAUGCAAAUAUCUCCAGAAGACACUUUGUGCUUAUUGUCACUCUGCACUUCAAAUAUUGUCCCGUCAAGUUGCCAGCAAAUGUGUUCGAGAUGUUUUCUCAAUGUUACUAAUUUUAAAGCAUUAACUCAUAAAUAAGUAGUUGGGAAACUUGUUAACGCAGGUGGUUGGCAUAAGUGAAGUUGGAGAAAAUUAUGUUGUUUUGAUACUGUAUUCCUCCACAGCACAGCUUCAGAAUCAAUUUAUCUAUGAUAAUUAAAUAGUAAGAUGACUUUACAAUCCAAGCCAAAGGCAACAUGAAUUAGUUAUUGACAAUAAACUAUAUUCUUGUAUCCUUGUAUCUGUUUAGAUAUAGUGGCUGUAGAGAGUAUUGAACCUCCCAUCAAAUUAUUUAUUUACCAUAAAGCAUGUAAAAGUGAAGCAAAGACACAUGGCAAAUUACAAGCCUUUAUUUUAUUUUUACCAAGAGAUUUAUUGAUAAAAGUAAAAUAAAGUCACCAGCUAUAACACAAUGCACUUAGUCUACAGCUCUAAACUGGUCUGCCGCCCUCCAACCUUGCCAGACAUCAUGGUGUUGACAGCAGCAGGGACUGGGAGACUUAUAGGCACACUAGGAAGAAAGGAUGGCACCAAAUACAGACAAAUAUUGAAUGAGAGCUUGAUUAAAAGAUUAGGGCAGUAACGUGCCAACAGGACAAGAAAUAAUAAACUCAAUAAACUCACAGCCAAUUUAAACCUGGGAGUCCAGGAAGGCCCUGCCAAACCUCAGAGAUAAAACCAAGAAAGAAAAUCAGUGGAAUGCUUUGACAUUAUUGACAAAUUGAUCGCUUGAGCGAAACUGAUGAAAAUUAUUACUUUACAGUAAUUUAUUGAGUUGAAUACAAUUAUCAGUUUUUGCAUAAACCAUACACAGACAUACAACUACACUUGACAGAGUGUAAUUUAGACUGAAAUUGUUUCUUUCAGUAAAAGAACUAGAAUAGUAGCAGAUUAUAACUUCUCUCAAACCAGCUGUUCUAUCUUUAUUACAAUCCAAAACAACUAACUUCUGUGGCUUAUUCUACAUUGUUCAAACAUUUUCAACAAUGUUUUCUAACUCUGUAAAUUUAAUACUACAAGCAAUUUCUUUUACAAGCUUGUAGAUGCAUGCAUCAUGUAUUUGUAUAAAUGUGUGUGUAACUUUUAGCUUUACAGAAAGCAAUGCAUGGACAUCCAUGUUUCCUGUUUGUUAUAUACUGAUAGUGUCAUCAUUGUUCAAUGCACGGUACAUCUAUCAGAGGGCAUGAUAACUAUAUAUUGUACAGUGAUAAGUUGACUGACAGUUUCACAGUUUUUUGUAACAGAUUCAUUCAUAAAGUUAAGCGUGUAGAGUACUUUACUUCAUCUGAACAAGUUGAUGUCUUCAUGUCCUCCUUUUGUCUUUUCCUACAAUAUCUGCUGUGUGAAAAGGAAUGGGGGAGAAAAGGAAAUCCAGUAGCUAUGGAUACAUACACUUUGGUCCAUGAGACCUGACUCCACUACCACAACCAAUUAUAGCCCUGAGACUUGAAUAAAUGUGUUGUCUGUCAUUUGAGAAGCAGCAGUUCAGUAUAAAAUUGAAACUACACAGAAGUCUGAUAAAAACAUGACUGGAACCCAGAUUCUUCAUGUGAAAAAAAUGUGAAAUUAUUGAGAAUAUCAAUAUUUUAAGUUUUGUGUGAGUUUUGAUUAAAUUCUAAAAUUCAGAUAUCUAUCAAGACUUCUUACGUUUCCUGAAUGCACUAUAUUUUAAGACUGUCACAGUUAACAUUUUGCUACUCUUUAGCCCUGAAAUUAAUGUUGGUUUGAAAUGAUGUUGUAAUUAGUUUUUUUUAAUGCUGUUUAGCUUUAUCAUAUAUUACACAGGGGGAAAUUUGAAGGCGUUAUCAGUGCCACUGGACACACAUCUCAAUGAGCCAUAUACUGUCGAUGCCCCUGUAAAUUCUUAAAACUAAAGCGAUUUAAUCACAGUAGAUUACAGUGUUUGUAUGAUUUCAAUGGACAAUGGCCGGUAUGUGCCCAGUGUACUGCAGAUUAACGUGGUUCUUUGUACAUGAAACAGUAACUGUAUUGAUUUGUUUAAUGUCUGUUUUAGUGUCCGGACACUUGUCUUUUAAAGGCAUCUCUUGUAUGAUUUAUACCUUUUGUGACCUGCUGUGUGUUUUUCAAAGGUGUAAAGCUGCAUCAUCUUUUGAAAACAAUUAAAAUAA